AUGGCAUUAAUCUCGGGUCAAAUAGCACUUUUAGUUUUCUAUACUCAGUCAACUACAAUUCGAACACAAUUCUCAAUACCUACAACUACAUUGAAUCUUUUGGCUGCUGUAGCUAUUGUACCCCUCUCUCAUCUUGAACAAUAUCGUUCUGUGAAGCCAUCAACUCUUAUCAGCUUGUAUCUUGCGUUUUCGGCAGGUCUUGAUAUCCCUCAAGCUCGCACAUUGUAUAAUGUUCCCGGUCAGCUACGCCUUGCAAUCGUUUUCUCCUUUAGCUUGGCGGCGAGAAUCGCCUUACUAUGCCUUGAAGUAUGGGAUAAGAGGGUGUUUCUUAUGGAACAGUAUCAGACAUUAGCUGCCGAGGUAACUGGUGGUAUCUUUAGCAACAGCCUUUUUCUUUGGAUGAAUGCGCUUUUCAAGCGUGGUUACAGCAAGGUGAUAUCAUUUGAAGAUCUUGGCCAAAUUGACAGCAAUCUUGGGUCUGCAGCAUUGCACCAAAGAUUUCAAGACUCAUGGAAACAACAAAACCGUGAGGCCAAGAAGCCUCUGCUGAGAAGUCUGUGGAAAGCCCAUCGAUGGUCAAUCUUAUUGCCUGUCUUACCUCGCUUAUGCUAUUCUGGGUUUUUGUUUGCCCAGCCAUUCCUUAUUGAGCGAGCAAUCAGUUAUUUGAGUCAGCCAAGUGAUGUUUUGGAAGAAGAUAUUGGUUAUGGGCUUAUUGGGGCGACGGCAUGUAUCUAUCUCGGAAUAGCGAUCUCGAAUGCCUUGUAUAGGCAUCAUAUUUAUCGAAAUGUAACAAUGAUUCGAGGAUCGCUCGUCUCAUUGAUUUAUACUAAGAGCUUGUCAAUAGAGGACCAGAUGGACGACCCAUCGUCUGCUCUCACACUUAUGAGCACCGAUGUUGACCGAAUUUGCCAAAGUAUGGUCAUGCUUCAUGAUCUUUGGUCCCGACCUUUAGAACUGAUUAUUGGAAUCGUUCUAUUGGCCUUUCAAAUAGGCUGGGUUUGUACCAUGCCGCUGGCCGUGAUUUUCGUCAGUGCUAUACUCGAUUCAAGAGUCACUUUAUUGAUUGGGGGUAAAGUCAAGAUUUGGUCAGAUGCCGUCCAGCAGCGUAUUUCCCUGACAGCUGAUGUUUUAUCUUCAAUGAAAAGCGUCAAGAUGUUGGGCAUGGCAAGGCCAUUGACCUAUCUGCUGCAAAAAGAAAGAAAGAAGGAGCUUGCACUGCAAGCAAAAUUUCGGUGGUCCACAGUAUGGUUGAAUACUCUAGGAAACUUGCCGCCAGCCCUUGCUCCUGCAGUUACUUUCAUCGUAUACGCAAUCAAGGCGCGCGUGGCAAAUUCUAGCUCACUCAAUAUUUCUCAAGUCUUCACAAGUCUUGCGUUGAUAAAUCUUGUUACAUCUCCUGCUUCAGAGCUCAUAACUUCCUUUCCAUUUGCAGCUUCUUGUCUUGGAUGCGUAGAGAGAAUUCAAGAGCACCUGCGAAGACCACAUCGGCACGAGAAGCGAGUUCUGAAUCUUAAAAGAAAUCCGAUUCAGGAAAACCUUAGAGAUGGACGGGAUUUGGCCGUCCCUGUCGCGUGUUUGUCGGGUGUGAGUAUUUCAGGGAACAAUAGUGAAAGUCAUCUUCUGCGCGAUCUUAACUUGGUGUCUUCUCAAGGCAGCUUCACUAUGAUUUUAGGCCCAAGCGGAUCCGGAAAAUCAACAUUAUUAAGAGCGAUACUUGGCGAAACAAAGUACAGCGGCACCAUAUCAAUUGAUCCCAGUCGAAUAGCAUACUGUCCUCAAACUGCAUGGCUGUUUACGGGUACUAUUCGGCAGAAUAUUUGUGGUUUAGAAGUGGACACAUUCGAUGAAGCUUGGUACAAAUCUGUCCUGCACGCUUGUGUACUUGACGAAAUGAUUAUUGGCUUACCAGACGGUGAUAAUACUCUCGUUGAAGGGCAGAGCUCUGGUCUUAGUGGUGGUCAGAAACAGCGGCUCAAUAUCGCUCGAGCUUUGUAUCACCGGCCACAAUUGAUUCUGUUUGAUGAUGUUCUCAGUGCCUUGGAUAUGAAGACCGAGAUACAAGUCAUGACUGGUUUAUUUGGAAGAGAUGGCUUACUAUCAAAGCUUGGAGCUACAGUUUUAUUUGUGACUCAUUCAACACGCUGGGAAACAAUUGCAGACAAUGUUAUCAUGUUAGAUGGGUCUGGUAAUAUGACAAAAAGCUCCAAUAUCCCUCGUCUUCAAGCAAAAGUUUUAGCUACGGAAUUCGAUUCGCGUCGUUCUAUGAAUUUGAAUCUGUCAGAAAAUUUAAACGCAGACCAGAUUUUCGAAAACCCAUCUGGAGGAGAAAAUUCGCAAGCAAUUGAUGCCAGCAUUGGUAGACUCUCAGAGACUCAGGUGGUGAGCGAGGCCCACAUCGUCGAUAUUCCACAGCACGAGAGUGAUUCAAGAGAUUAUGUAUACUAUUUCAGAAGUAUUCGAUGGCCAACAAUACUGACACUUUUCUUGUCUGCUACUGCACAGACUAUAUGUCUUUACAUGUCUCAAGCAAUACUCAAUUGGUGGGCAGCGGACCAUGGCUCAAAUGAAGAAAAAUGGCUCCCAACAUACCUCAUCUUGGCUAUUGGGAAUGGUGUCAUGUACGGGUGUACUGCAUGGAUUAUGUUUCUCAAGCUAGUGCCUGAAUCAGCCGCGAAUCCACACCUGAUAUUGCUCGACGUGGUGAUGAAUGCGCCCUAUUCAUUCUUCACAAAAACUGAUAUCGGAACAAUACUCAAUCGGUUUAGUCAAGAUAUGACCCUUAUCGAGUCUCAACUACCUACUGGGGUUAUGUGUACCUUGAUGUAUUGCUUAUGGACAAUUGGAUCUCUGUGUCUCAUAUCUCUUGGUUCAGCAUGGAUGGCCAUAAAAAUUCCAGCAGUAUUCAUGACGCUUAUCUGCAUUCAACGUGUCUACCUCCGAACAUCUCGACGGCUUCGAGCAAUUGAACUAGAAUUGAGAAGUCCAAUAUAUUCUCACUUUAUGGAGAAUCUGAAUGGACUUUCAAGCAUUAGAGUUUUGGGAUGGCAAGAACAAUUCACGGAUUCGAUGAUUGAAAAGGUCGACAGAUCUCAAGUCCCUUAUUAUCUUUUCUACUGUGCUCAAAGAUGGCUACAGUUAGUAUUAGAUCUAGUAGUCGGCGCUCUAGCCAUCAUCGUCAUAGCACUAGCCAUCAAACUAUGCAAAUCCACCGACCCAGGAUCUCUCGGUCUCUCUCUAAACAACGUCCUAAGUUUCAACGAAACCCUAAGUUUCCUCCUUCAAUACUGGACACAACUAGAAGUCUCACUCGGCGCCAUAUCACGCACCCGAGAAUUCGCACAUCGCACCUCCUCAGAGCUCAAACCCCUCUCUCCCAUCACCCUCCCGCAUUACUGGCCCGUACAUGGCAAUAUCGAAAUCCGCAACCUAAAUGCUAGCUACACCCCCCCUCAACACUCGCACUCGACAACAUCACUCUCUCCAUCCACGUCGGCGAGAAAAUGGGAUGGCAGCGGCAAAAGUUCCUUACUAUCCUCUCUUCUCCGACUUUUAGAGCCCUCUAGCGGAUCCAUCACAAUCGACGGUAUAGACCUUUCCAACAUCGACCACCAAGUUCUUCGCGAACGACUCCUUACUGUCCCUCAAGAUAAUCUCGAUCCUCUAGCACAAUACACCGAUUCCCAACUCAUCGCCGCUCUUCAAAAAGUUCAUCUCUGGUCCCUCUUCUCCGCACUCAACGGUCUCGCUACAAUCGCUCCCUCUAAUUUCCUUUCCCAAGGACAAAAACAACUAUUCGGACUCGCGCGCGUUAUUCUCGCCGCAUCGCACACAUCAGGAACAGGAGGUAUCUUGCUCCUGGAUGAAGCAACAAGUAAUAUAGAUCGGGAAACUGACGAGAUGAUGCAGAGAAUUAUUCGAGAGGUGUUUAGAGGAUAUACGAUAUUGGUUGUGGCGCAUAGAUUGGAUAGUAUUAUGGAUAGCGAGCGGAUUAUUGUGCUUGAGAGGGGGAGGGUUGUGGAGGUGGGGAGUCCGGGGGAGUUCCUGGAGAGGGAGAGAGCUUUUUCUGGGCUUCGUGGUGCGAGAGGAAGGAUCUCCGAGGGAGAGGUAAUGGAGCAGUUAGGAUUUGGAGUUUGA